CACCUGUGUCAGGAUGGACUGAUUGCUGUGGAACUGGAGCGAAGAGACAACUUGUUGCUAUUCGGUUCCCUGCGGCGCGCACACAGUCCUCCACAUCGGCCCAUACUCAUAAGACACAUCUGUCUCCGAGCUGAGGUAUUCCUGUUUAAACUUUGUGGAGCAAGCGUAAAUCACCUCUGUGUCCCCACGCCAACGCGUGCGCAGAGAGCAGAUGCCAGGGGCGCAUUGCGCACAGUUCUUGCGCCGAGCCGAAACGUGCGUCUCUGUGCGUCAGUGAGUCUGCGCGGCUCGAUGAGCGACAGCAGCAGCAGGAGGAGGAGGACGCACAGACAGUUGUCGUGGCUCAGAGUUGGCCCGGAUGGCACCGAGUUCCCGCUGAACGCCAGCGCCAGACGGAACAAGUGGCGAGUCGGGGGGUGGGUGGGGGGUCUGUGCGUCAAACUCAAAGAAGUCGGGAUGGACGGGAAGGGCACCCUGAAGAUGUUCAGGAAGAAACGGGAGCUCAUCAAGACUCCGUCCAUCUCGAAGAAGAGCCGAGCAGGAAGCCCCGGGCCACAGAGCGGCGUCCCGUCUCUGUCCAUUCUCCAGGAGCAGCCUCGGAAAGAUGCAGCUGACGCCGCCCUAUCCUCUUCGCCCUGUUCGUCCACCACCUCUUCAACCCUUACCCCCUCUUCAGCUAGCUUCCAGGAUUCCUCCCUGUCUUGCCCGGGCACCCCGAGCCCCCAGCACGCCAAGCUGGUCGCCAUGCAGGGAGUGGGGGGUGCGUCCCCCAUGACGACACUGAAGAGGCCGACCGCUCUGAGCCGACACGCCAGCGCAGCAGGGUUCCCGCUUCCAUCAUGGGUUUACACUAAAGGUCAGGGGAAAGGGGCCUUGAGUCCGUCCCCUCAGUCCGAGGUUCCAGAGAGCACCGUGAUCGAGGUGGAGGACAUCCCAGCUCUGCUGAGGGAUGUGGCACGCUUCGCCGAGGCAGUGGAGAAGCUCAAGGAUGUUGUGCUGGCUGAGGGUAAGGAGAGCCAGCGGCCCGUGGCCCACGAGUGUUUGGGAGAAGUGCUGCGAAACCUGCGUCAGGUCAUCAACACGUACCCGCUGCUGAAUACUGUGGAGAUCCUCACUGCUGCUGGGAAGCUCAUAUCCAAGGUUAAAGGUUUCCACUAUGAGACGUCCAAUGAGACAGACAAGAAAGACUUUGAGAAGGCCAUUGAGACCAUAGCCGUUGCCUUCAGUAGCAAUGUGUCCGAGCUGCUGAUGGGAGAAGUGGACAGCAGCACGCUGCUCUCCCUGCUGCCCACAGAGAAAAGCAGAUCAAUGGAGAACUUGUACGCUGUCGCAGGCGGAGUAGAAGGGGGACACUUCAGGAGUGACCUCCAGGACAAUGGCAGAGUUGAGGAAGUGGAUGUGAUUCUCCAGCGCAGUGAGGGAGGGGUGGACUCAGCUCUGCUCUAUGCCAAGACUAUUUCCAAGUACAUGAAGGACCUGAUGAGUUAUGUAGAAAAGAGAAUCUCACUGGAGACGGAGUUCUCCAAAGGCCUUCAAAGAUUAUACCAGUCCUGCAAACACAACAUAACACACCCCCACAUGCCCCUCUUCUCCAUCUACUCUCUGGCUCUGGAGCAGGACCAGGAGCAAAGCGUAGGACUGCAGCAGGCCAACACCACUCUACACAAUCAGACUUUCAUUCAGCCUCUGAUGCAACGCAAACAGGAGCACGAGAAGAGGAGGAAGGACAUCAAGGAGCUCUGGAUUAGAGCCAAGAGAAAACUGUUGGAGUGUGAGGCAAACCUGCGAAAAGCCAAGCAGGGUUACAUGGUUCGCUGCGAGGAGUAUGAGAAGGCCAAAACGGCAGCCUGCAGAGCCGAGGAGGAGGGAGGAGGAUCUACUGUAAAGUCUCUGGAGAAGAAGAAACGCCUGGAGGAAGAGGCUCGCAACAAGGCAGUCGAAGCGGAGGCCACUUACAGAACGUGCAUUGCAGAUGCCACCACUCAGCAGCUGGAGCUGGAACACACAAAGGUGACGGUGCUGCGACAGCUCCAGGACGUCAUCAAACAAAGUGAUCAGAUGCUCCGCUCGGCCACUAUCUCCUACUACCAGCUCAUGCACAUGCAGACCGUGGCUUUGCCCGUCCACUACCAGACACUGUGUGAGAGCAGUAAGCUGUACGACCCUGGCCAACAGUAUGCGGCCCAUGUGCGAGACCUGCAGCUCCCCGAGCAGCCUGUUGUUCACUACUCGUUUGAGACAUACUCGCCCUCCAGCUCAAGCCAUGGCCACAGACCAAGAAAUGACAGCUUCAACACCGACCCUCUUACGAGCCAAACUGAAAGUCCUUCCAUCACUGUGGAUCCUACAGCUGGAGAGACUGAGGCUCAACACAAACGACAAGGCCACAAAUCCUGGGGUUCGACAGUGAGCAAUGACAGCGUGGUAGACACAGGGCUGGAUUCUCCCACUGCCAGCGCAAGUGACAUUUCUAAAAUAGCUCGAACGUCAUCAACUGGAACAAUGUCAUCUGAUGAGGAAACAGAUGAGAAAGAUGGAAACGUUGCGUCGUUUGAAACUCCAAAUAUUAACGGCAUGGAUCCAGACGUGGUGGUCUCCACCAGACCCUUCCGGAACAUCGGCCUGUCCAAAGCGGCCCAGACCCACAAACUGAGGAAGCUGCGGACUCCUGCCAAGUGUCGGGAAUGUGACAGCUACGUUUACUUCCAGGGGGCCGAGUGUGAAGAAUGUUUCCUGUCAUGUCACAAGCGCUGUCUGGAGACCCUUACCAUCCAGUGUGGCCACAAGAAGCUGCAGGGCCGCCUGCAGCUGUUCGGCAGAGACUUCACCCAGGUAGCAAGCUGCGCCAGCGACGGCAUCCCCUUCAUCAUCACAAAGUGCAUCUCUGAGAUAGAGAGGCGUGCACUCAAGAUGAAGGGAAUCUACCGGGUGAACGGGGUGAAGACCCGAGUGGAAAAGCUGUGUCAGGCCUUUGAGAACGGCAAGGAGCUGGUGGAGCUGUCUCAGUGUUCACCGCAUGACAUCAGCAACGUCCUCAAGCUUUACCUCAGACAGCUGCCGGAGCCCAUCAUGCCUUUCCGCCUGUACAACACGCUUAUGGGUCUGGCCAAGGAGAGUCUGCAGAGCGAGGCAGAGGCGCCCGAGGGAGAGGAGGCUGAGUCGAGUGGCACUAACCUAGCGGUGGUAAGGGGACCGGAACUGGUGGACCUGGGGUCUGAUUCAGAUCCAGAAAUCCUUGUUUUGGUGGACAGUCUGAAGGAGCUUGUGAAGGAGCUGCCCAAGCCUAACUUUGCAACGCUGCGGUACAUCGUUCGCCACCUUCGAAGGAUUGCAGAGCUGGAGGAGGAUAACAAGAUGAGUCCCAGUAACUUGGGUAUUGUAUUUGGGCCCUCCCUGAUGCGUCCCCGUCCAACCGGGGCCACGAUAUCCCUGUCCUCUCUGGUUGAUUACCCGCACCAGGCCCGCAUUGUGGAGGCCCUCAUCGUUUUCUAUUCCUCCAUAUUCCAGUCGAAAACUUCGCAGACCAGCAAAAUUACCCACUCCACGUCUACCUCUGCACAGCAGGAAAGUACUGCAGAUGACAAGAUGGUAAGCACUGGAGACGGAGAAGAGGAUGGGAGUAAAGACGAUCAGAACAAACCCGACUCAGACAAGCAGGAGGAGGGCUGUGGAAGCUCUUUGGGAUCACUGGGCUCCAGCGAGCAGCUCCCCGACUCUGACUCGGAGCAGGAUGAGAGCAGCCACAGAUCCAGCAGGUUGAUGAAGCAGGAGAGCGAGGUGAGCAUGGAGGAUGAUCAGCUGAGUUAUAGGGACAGCCUGGACCUGUCCAGUCACUCUGCCACCCACAACGACCUGGAGCAGGAGGCAGAACAGGACCAGGACAACCCUGAGGGUGGAGAGCCCCCCUCUCUGCCGGACGGCACACCUCCAGAUGAAGAUGCAGCAGCAGAACAGGAAGUGACGACCUCACUGGCUGAGCUCAAUGUAAACCAGUCCAACAACAACCAGCCCGGCUCCCGCAUAGCGAGCCUCUCGGGGGUCCAGCUGGCCUGUCUGUGUGGAAAGAAUUUACCCCUGACGAGGAGCCGGGACAGAGAGCCCGAAUUUGUCUGAUCCCAGGAUUAUAAAUUAAACCGACAGAAUGGGAAGUCUGUGGGAUACAAGUAAUGGAAAUUUUGUUUUAUACAUUAAAUUCAGCUGAGGAUGUACAAUGAGACUAAACUGAGUUUUUAAUCAACAACUGUAUGUAUGAGAUCAAGAUCUGGCAGAUAAACCUCUGCACGCUUACUGCUCUUUAAUGAAUUAACUGUCACUUCGAGAAGUUUGAUUUUAUAUGUACUUUUUUGCAGUCUUUAGUUUUUAAUUUUCCAAACUCGAUGGAAUGUGAAUAUUGGUCAGAACAAAGUGUGUAGAGUUGAAACAUUGCAGUUACCUUGCUUUGAACACCUUACUUUAGCAGUUUCUCAUAAAUGUUUCCUGUCUUUCAUUUAUAUGAAUGUCUGACGUAUUAAUAAAAACUGAUUUUAUUUUAAAA